AUGGGCUCCCUUGGCGAGAGUUAUUCGAACGGUCAUUCGACCGCGUACAGCAACGGCGAUGGGCAGGGUCCCCGAAAGCCGCUCAAACAGAGUGGAUUGCUGAACGAGAAAUUUGAAUCGGAAGACCUGACGCCAAUUAUUGGUCGAGAGUUCCUGAACGUCAACAUUGUGGAUGACUUGAUUCAGUCCGCGGACGCGGAUACACUCUUGAGAGAUCUUGCCAUCACAAUCAGCGAGCGUGGAGUCGUCUUCUUCCGCAAACAGGACAACUUGACGGACGAUCUGCAAAAGAAGUUCUGCCAACGCCUCGGAGAGUUGACCGGCAAGCCAUCUUCUUCGACGCUCCACAUCCAUCCCGUCCUCAACGGAACCAGCGAGUUCGGACAUGAUUUGGAGAUCAGCAACAUCUCAUCUAUAUCCCGCAAGAAACUCUUCGAUGCUGGCGAUAUCAAGAACAAACGCAAGUACGACGCUGCCCAAUGGCAUAGCGACAUCCAAUUCGAGCCAGCGCCCGCGGACUAUACGAGUUUGAGACUAACCCAGCUGCCCAAGACGGGCGGGGAUACCCUCUGGGCCAGUGGUUACGAGAUAUACGAUCGCAUGAGCCGACCGUGGCAAAAAUUCCUCGAAGGGCUGACGGCAAAAUUUGUCGGGGACGGGUUCAUCAGAGCCGAGCAGCAAGGGAGGGCGACGUUGUAUGAUAAACCGCGAGGAUCGCCGUUGAACGUGGGCAAGCAUUUGAGCGCUGAGCAUCCUGUGGUGAGGACAAAUCCGGUCACCGGGUGGAAGAGCGUUUAUGCGAUCGGGACGUUUCCCAAGUCGUUCAGCGACCUGAAUGCCGAGGAGACGGAGGAGCUGUCCAAGAAAUUGCAUGGGAUGAUCGUGAACAACCACGACCUGCAAGUGAGAUUCAAGUGGAGGAACGAAAAUGACAUUGCGAUCUGGGAUAACCGAAGCGUCUUCCACUGCGCCACGUUUGAUUACGAUGGCCUAGGCGAGCGUUUUGGACACCGUGCUGUGGGCAUCGGCGAGGCUCCGUACCUGGAUCCGAAUAGUCAGUCGAGGACCGAGGCUCUUGCCUCAUUGUAG